AUGAAGCGCGUCUUUCAUCGGCGCGGGCGAAGUCCCUCGGCGUCCUCUCCGUCUGGAAGCCCAAGACACGCUUCGCCAUCCACUGGAUCUCCUCGCCGAGCUGCUUCCGCCUCCGCCAAGACUUUCGAUUCUAAAAAUGGCUGUGAAUUAGCCGAGAAACGAGCCAAAGUAGCAGUUGGCUCCCUGCACGCAAAAGUAGUGACAUUCGCGACGUCUGCGCUGCCAGGGAGCCAACAAGAGGCUCUCCAUUAUCUGUAUAACGUCCUCGUGGGCGGUGCGCAAGCUUCUGAGUCCGUGGAGAACGGGAGGAAACUACUGAACGAGCGAGAUACCAACACUCUCAUCAGUGUGAGUGCUCAGCGGCUACGUGGUUACUUCAGUCGCGCGCUGGAGCUCUUCAACGCUGGGAGGCUGGACGGAAAUGUCCACACUAAGUUCCUAUUGUAUACAGAGAAAGAGGAAAGGGAUCGUAUACUGCAGUUGCUGCGGGUGCUGAAGGCUCUUCUUGUAAUUGGAGACAACACCCAAGCUCUGCUACUAGUGGGUGAGAGGAUACCGUCGACGUUUGUUAAGGUCGUGAAGGCGUUGAGUGACGGAGGAAGUGCUGAAGACGCUCAAGAAGGGUUGGUCAGGAUAAUUCUGGACGUGUUGGCACUGCUUGUUACGUCUCCCGAAGUGGUACAGGAGCUUAAUGAGAGUAGCACGCUACAUCGGAUCUUCCACCUGGCGUUUGCGGAGGAAACACUGCAAAUAGCCGUUCUGAAGGUAGUGGCGGCUCUGGCUCAAAGUCUACAGCCGAGCAGGUGGAGAUCCAUGGUGAAGCAAUUAUACGAGGAGCGGUGUCUGCUUGACUUGAUUCAGCGUGCGAAUGGAACGGGCGUGCUAGCGGAGGUCGUAUUGGUUAUAGCUUUGUCUUUGAGGGGAGCGAUUACUGCAGGAUUCUCUGACUUGCACAGACAAGUGCACGCGGACCGACAACGGCAUAAAAUUUUGACUGCAUUUACGCAAUUGUUUGAAUCCCGCCAACGGGCCAUCUGCGCAGGAGAGACGGCAUCACCUACGCUAGAUACCCUUCGACAACAUGAUCAAGACCUUGCCGAUGCUGUUGCAGAACUGUGCUUGUCGGGCAGCGACACUCCUCUCCCAAGGGGCAAUAUUUAUCAGAACAAGGCCUUUAAGUUGGCUCUUGAUUCGGCGAUACCAGGUGUUGGCCAGUCAUUAUUUAAUCCCGAAGCGUUUGGAUUGUUUUCAGAUAUUCUGGCAUAUUUACAUCGUCCGACGAAGAUCGAGAAAGAGCACAGUGACAGCCAACUUUGUGGUGAGUUGGCAAACGACCGUGAGCAGCUCGAGUGUCUGUAUCUUCAGAAGCUCUGCCAAAUUGUCGUCACAUACAAGUUUGACUACGAAUUUGUGAGCAAAACAAAUCUUAUCGCGCGGGCUAUUGAGCAUCUUGAUGACUAUUCGGAGAUGGCCCAGCAAACGAUUAUGUCUGUUCUCUCAGCAAUUGCGAUAGAAGCAAAGAUGAUUCCGUACGUUGAGCUGGAAUGUAUAAACGCAUUCAUUCGGAAGGAUACAUUUCAAAGAUCUUCGAUUCAUGCGCUUCUGGCUUUCAUCGCUAAUUUGAUUCGGUUCGACGAAGUUUACCACCAAGUGCUACGCUCCGUCGGUCUCGUGAGUACUAUUGUGGCACUGUUUCUUGAUCAGACUAAUGCCGUUUGCUCGGAUGCUGGAGCUACUCAGAUUAGAGUGGAAUAUCCGACUAGCACGGUUCGAGCCGGUCAGCCUAAUGGUGUGAGCGAUCCGGUCAGUGCCGAUGAACAGUUAAUUAUCUCGUUGAUGGCAUCGCAUUGCCAUCAAAGGGCACGGCGCCGUAGCUCAUGUCGUACCGCAACGAGCCGCUCAGAUUACCUUGUUCUCAUCGACAUCAUGAAGAUGUUUGUUGACGGGUCCCGGAGUAACACUGCUGCCAUGGACGAGAAACAUUUCGAACAUACAUUAUGUGGAUUGCCAAUGCUCGAGAGCGUGUGCAUGCUGAUUGGAAACGCCACUUUUCAGCUGGAAGGUCUUGCGUUGUGGGCGUCUAUCCUCCAACUAUCGUUGGUAUUGCAGGAAGACAGUGUAGUGCUCCGCAACGUGAUCAACAGCCUUUUACAAGCUAUACGCUAUGUAACGCUGGCAGCCUACUUCCCGCAAGAUGGCGACGUUGCGCUAGUGUUUCCUGGAAGUCUGGAGGUAUUACAGGGAGCACUCGAGUACAUCGAGUCCCUACUACGCCCUAAAUCAGCAUCUACGACAGCCAUGACAAAACUUGGUGAUCACGAUGGAGCUUGUAUCGAGGAGACAUCGAUGAAAGAGCGAAUUAUUGGAGCUUUGCUGGACUGUGAUAUCAUUGUAUCGCUAUUGGGAGUCUUGUGCGCCGUGACGAAGAAGUGGGAGUUAAACGGUACUCCUACAAGUAGCAAUGAUGCUGCUGUUUCAUACUCUGUUGUGAUGAUGUCGCUCCAGUCCAUUUAUUCUAUUGUCGCUACGAAUGCCGAAGCAGAGCAACAAAUGUGCAGCUUUAUCGCGUUUGGAACCUUUGGCGAUUUAAUAUCCAACUUACUGGCGAGAUUUAUAGAUUCAAAACCUGUUGCUCAAGCGGUCAAUGGCAGUGAAAUACCAGGGGCGAGGCCACUCAUCCAGUCUUGCUUGUGGUAUUGUAUUGGCUUUUCCGUGGAUGAUUAUGACAUGGUAUAUCUUCGUGGGAGCUAUCCCUCGAUAGACAUGCAAAAGAAGGAAGAGGAUAACCCUAUUAGGCUGCGCUAUCCCCAGUUAUUUGGUAUUGGGAUUCAGCUACUGGUACUGUGGGCAGAGCGUAUCGGUACUAGUGUUACGCAUCAAUUGCUGGGCACUUUUCUACGUAUUUCAACGAGUUUCCCACAGCGCUAA